GUCAAAGGGUGGUCAGUGGUCACUGGUCCUGCAGCGCCGGCCGGCUGUCCCCUCUGCCGCCGGCGGCGCCGCUGGCAGCGGACGGGGUGCAGGGACCGGUGCGAUUUCACGGCCGGCGCGCCGCCCGGUACGGCCCCUGCUCGUCCCCCAGGGAGGGCCCCGACCUUGGCAGGCCGGCGCCGGCUCCGGUUGUGACAUCGCCACCCGACCCGGUGUCGGCGCGGGACGCCGUCGACGCAAGGUCAAGGUGCGCCCCUGACUGCCGGCGGCCCUCUUUGUCACGGUGUGUGUGUCCGUGCGACAGUCAGAGCAGUGUCACAAUCUGACCUUGUCUCCGUGACCGGACAUGGCGGUCACGGCGUCCCGACUGACCGACGCCCCUACCGUCCCCUCACAUCCUAACCGACUCAUCGGUCACGCUUUGACCAACACCUCAGCCGCCAAAGAACGGCAUGACGUGCUAGUUUGGCCUAUUCACCGUGCAACAGCGCAAAAUGUGCAGUGCGCACCAGCCACGAGCCUGCAUAAUGAGUUUCAAACAACCAACCAAACAAAAAGACCUAGGGGCGCUACCCCCGUGCCCGGUCAUCACCGGGUGACGCCAGUCGACCGUGACCUGUGUGACGUCACCGCUGGGUCAGCCGGAGGUCGGAGCCCGGUGUGAGUGUCCUGGUUACCGCCGGAAGGCUGCUGCUCGGUCAGAGGGAAGGCGUAUCGUCACGGUCGGGUCGCCGCCGCCGUCCCGGCGAGAAGGCUGCCAGGGGGCGCCGCCGGCGCGGGUCGGGCCGCCCGGCCGGCCGGUCGCGCCGCUAUGCCAGGCGGUGACGGCGGAGUUCAGCGCCAGUGUGCGCCGGACGGCCGACAGAGGUGGUUGGAGCGUCCAGCGCCGGACUUUGUGCGCGUGCCAACGUGCUGAUUGAGAGUUCACUCCGAACUGCGAUAGAGCACCCACGGAGAGGCGGCACGCCAGCGCCGACCGCCGAGAGGAGCCCAGGACACACACGCACGCAGACGAACGGACGAGCACCAUGGACGGAAGGGACAAGGCACGCGGCUCUCCCAGCAAGGCGUGGACCUCACGAGAGGGAACGCCUCUGCGCUCGCUGCCCGGUUUCACGGUGCCGGCGGUGGAGACGGCACCCUCGGGCCGGCCGUCGUUCUACCUGAGCCACCCGCAGCUGGAGAGCGCCCAGUCGUGGUUCGCCGCCGGACCGCGCUCGGCACGAGACUAUGACGCCGAGAGCGGCGGCGCCAGCUCGGGCAGCGAGGAUGCCGACUCCAUCUCGUCAUCCACCGGAGGACUGUUCACAACCAUCAGCGUGCCGACGCCCAAGCAGCCGAUGAAGAAGUCACUCAGUCCGACGCCGUCCUUCACGUACAUUGACGCCAAGGCGGCAAUGGCGGCGCGCAAGCAGACCGUCAGCUGCUGUGCCUCAAAGUCCGUGCUCAAGAUCACGCUAACGUUCUGCGUGUCCUUCCUCCUCGGCAUGAUUCUCACCGUCAUCUAUAUGGAAGUGUAUCUGUGGCGGAGGAGAUGAAGCGCUGGCGGCCCGCCUGCCGUCUAGCACGCCCACUCCGACGCGCCGGAGCCCGCGCGGACCCGGUCCGUGACACGGCCGCCGCCGCCGGCCGGCCACCCAAGCGCCACCGCAGCCAGCCGGGGCGCACCGACGGGCAUCGACACAGCCGACUCGACGACCACGCACGAGCUAUUUAUUGAGGGCGCUCGCGUGCGACAGAGGGACGCGCCACCCGCAGCCGGGCGAGGCGACCCGUGGAUGGCCACACACUGCGUGUCUAUAUAUUCAUCCCGUGAUCAGUGGUAAUGCGAACUGGGACGGACAGCGUGUGCAUCCCGGCGUAAGUGCGUCGAGAUGAGACUGUAUGUGUAAGUAACGACCUGAGCUUGCUCGCAUUUUCUCCGAGUGUAUGCGGUCGAUGUAAAUAAAUCGCUCAUAUCUA